AUGCGACCAAUAUUAACGACAGACUUGGAUGAUUUUUGUCCUAAUACAAUGAGAGGAAAGCAUAUUUUAGUAUUAGGCGCAACGAGUCGUCUAGGUGUAUGUGUUGUUGAUCAAGCAUUAGAAGCGUCAUAUCAUGUAACAGUACUAGUGCGAGAGGAUCGUAACCUUCCGUUUAAAAAACACCAUCUUCGAAAUCCAAACUUUGUAGUAUGUGUCGGCUCAGUACUCGAUCGAAGCAAUCUUGAUAAGGUAGUCGAAGGAAAAGAUGCAAUAAUAAAUUGUCUAGGUCCACGUAACACAUGGUUCGGUGAUACAACAAUAAGUUCACGUGCACAACCAAUAAUCAACGAAAGUAUGAAAUCGCUUGGCGUGAAAAGAAUAAUAGUUGUCACAUCACAAGGUUGUGGUGAUAGUAUUCGAUAUGUGCGUCCCAUCCAACAUUUUUUUGUUAGAUUGUUUGUUGGGAAAGUAAUAGACGAUAAACAGAUGCAAGAAUUUUUGAUUCUCGAGAAUAAGGAGGAUUUGGAUUGGACAAUUAUUAGACCGGGAAGAUUGGUCGAUGGAAAAUUGACGAAACGAUAUCGGAUUAACGAACAUUUAACUUUUACAAAAAUUAAUAGAGCUGAUGUGGCUCAUUUCAUCUUACAAGAGUUACGAACAAGUAUGUGGUUGAAAAGAACACCAACGGUAAAUGG